AUUUUUGAUGGAAAGAGGUAUCGCUAAAACAAGUGUUGGUUUGUAGUUUGGAAUCUAACCUUACUUACCUCAAGUAGUUGCUACAGAGCUCAAAAGCUUGUCAUAACACAAUGGGGACUGAAACUAACAAAGAUGAACGUAACACGCCAGAGUAUUUAUCACAGUUACUAAAAGAUAAGAAACAAAUUCAAGCUCUUCCGAAUGUUUUUAUCCAUGCGGAAAAGCUAUUAGACGAAGAAAUUAACAGAGUUAGGGUAGCCAUCUUUCACCACAGAGAUAACCGGAAGCCUCUCUCCCUCCCUGACAACAAUGGACCCAUCGUCCAGUUACAAGAGAAGCUCUUCGUACCAGCCAAACAACACCCAGACUUUAAUUUUGUGGGGCGGAUACUGGGGCCCCGGGGAAUGACGGCCAAGGAGCUGGAACAGUUCACAGGAUGUAAAAUAAUGGUGCGAGGAAAGGGCUCAAUGCGAGACAAGAAAAAGGAAGAAGCUAAUAGAGGUAAGCCUAACUGGGAACAUUUGAACGAAGAGUUGCACGUGCUCAUAACGGUAGAAGACUCGAGGGAGCGGGCAGAUCUGAAACUGAAAACGGCCAUCGAGGAAGUGAAGAAGUUGUUAAUUCCAGCACCUGAUGGGGAGGACGACCUAAAGAAACGUCAGCUCAUGGAGCUGGCCAUUAUUAACGGCACGUACCGCGACACGACCAAACCGCAGACCUCGGUCGCACAGCCCACGUCCUCCAGUCCUUUCAGCAUUGCAAAUAUAUCAAACAUGGCCGUUAACCCCUGGCGGGGACCAGACUUGAGCCUUCCCCGUGGCGCAACCCUUGCAGGCCAUCGAGGAAAUUCCAUGUUUGUAGAAAUGCCCCGCCUCAUCACACCUGCUCAAGCCGCCGCAGCCGCCACAUUACAGCUGCAGCAGAUCCGGAGCCCGACGCCUGCCGGCCCACCCAUCAUCUUCGCCCCACGCAUGCAGUCGGUGAACACAUCGUCGCCCGGCCUCAUGAACGGAGCACCGCCGCCGCUGAUGUCACCCGCAGACAUGGGCAUCAUGUGUGGAAACCCCUACGACUUCCCGUACACGCUGGCACCCACCACGUUACUAGAGUACCCCACCAGUCCCGAACAGAUGCCUGGUGCAGUACCCAAAAUGCGACGGACAUUGUCGGGCGUGAGAGAGCACCCUUACACGAGGGUGACCACGCUCCCGUGAGUCAGGACAGCCAACGCCAACUAACCCGAACCAGUCACACACAGUCCGAUAUCUCGAGCCUGCCUGCGUUCACCGGGGGUGGCCGGCCUUCCGGACGGACGGACGGACGGUCGGACGGCUGGCCGACACGCUAUCUACAUUUUGCACCCGUCCAUGUGGUAACUGAUCGCCUUUGACCCAUUCAGUAUUAUCGGGGAGCUGCCGUCGCCACCACUAACAACGAACAAAUACAAAAAUAAACAUUCAUGUACUUCGGGGAUGGCAAUCCUGAACCACGUUGGCGUUUUCAUUUCUGUCAGGGAUUUAUAAUCGACUAAACAGUGCCUUCUCUAAUACUAGCUUGACGGUACUAAUGUGUGUCAUGUGUUUUGGACGGUUCUUGUUGAUGUACAGCGAUGUGAGACCGAUACGUUCGACUGAUUGACCGGCCAGGAUGUUUGGUUUUGGAACAUCAAGUGAUAAGCACACAGACAUGUUUUGUUUGUUUUUUUAUACACACCUUUCACUACUUGUGCUGAUCUUGGGUUUGCUGUCAUCGAAGUUCUAAUUACUCCGCUGUACAUUAAUUAACCUACUUAAUUAACUGGCAAUUUUUAUUUUAUUAAUUUUUUGUUGUGACAUUUAUAUUGUUGUUAACAGGACAGGCAGCUUUCUGUCCAUAAUGGGGUUUUUUUCAUUUUUUUGGUUCACCUUGGAUAUUGGUCUAUUAUGUCGGCCUGGUAACAGCUCAAUUUGAUAUUAGUUUGCUUUUUGUUUUCUGAUAUUUUUAAUAUUUUUUUUGUUUAUCUCAUGACUGCUUGAAAACAAAUAGGGCCUUCUGUGCUUUAGUGCCCCACCCCUUUAUGUUUGCCAAAAUACUCUAUUUGCAACAGCUGUUGUGGAUAUCACCUUACACAUGUUGGACUUCACAGCAGAUGAUGUUGGAUCUCACAGUAUAGGUGUUGAGAUCUCACAACAUGGAAGUUGUGGAAGGAUCUCACAGUAUAGGUGUUGAGAGCUCACAUAGAUGUUGUCUUACAACACAUGUUGUGGCAGGAUAUCUCAGCAUAAGUAUUGACAUGAAUGUUGUAAGAUCUCACCCUAUAUGUGUUUGAGAUCUCACAAAACAGGUGUUGUGGAAGGAUCUCACCCUAUAGGUGUUUGAGAUCUCACAACACAGGUGUUGUGGAAGGAUCUCACCCUAUAGGUGUUUGAGAUCUCACAACACAGGUGUUGUGGAAGGAUCUCACAGUUGAGGUGUUGAGAUCUCACAACACAGGUGUUGUGGAAGGAUCUCACAGUUGAGGUGUUGAGAUCUCACAAUAAGCUUUGCUGACCAAAAAGCCUUUUUUUUUCUCCAGCUGUUACUGAGAAACAUACAAUAGGUUUUUUUUUUUGAAUGAACUAAGCACAUAUUAUGUUCCUUUGAAAUAUUUUGCUCAUUUUUAAAACUUUUGGUUCCUCCUUAUUAUAACAUUUUUUCAUUGUUAAGGGAGAUUACUUUUGUUGAUUGCUAAUAUUUAAUAUUUGUGUGCUGAACAUUGCUAUCAAGUGUCUUUUACACUGUUACUGUUUUUGCCUGUAAUGUCAUUGUAUAGACGUGGCGAGAUUCCGCAAAAGAUGGAGAAAGGCUCCCAUAUUUUUCAGCUCUGUUGUAUAAUUCUGCAUAUUGGUGCCUGUACACUGGGCCACGGUUCAUGCACAUAUCUGUCUAUAUGAUACUAAUAUUUUUGUUACCAUGUUACUCAAUGAGCUCGAAGAUGCAACAGUGAAAAACAUAUCGUUUUAGUAUUAUAACUUUUCUUUUUUAUUUAUGGCCACAAAUAUGAGGCCAACUGGCCGUAUCUAUGCAAAAAAUCAAAUAUCUUCCGAUGCCUUGAAUUAAAAGUGCUUGUUUGAAGUUUUACCAGUAAGGCAUUCAGGUGAUAUACAUAUACUUAAACAAGGUAUUCCCACUCACUGGGAUACUGGUCUGUUCACAACACAUUUUGAAGGUUCAGUAAGAAGAUCAUCGCCAUUUCGCUGCUCUGUUAUUGAGUUAUCACCCAGAGUUAUUCCUUGAACAUCGCUUUCAAUUGGAUAUUGGCAAACGGCAGAUCCCCUUUUCAUUUGUUUGAGCCAGUCUUGCAAGGCAUGUGAUGGAAAUAGUCACUUGUUGUUUUAAUGCAGCCAUCACUGACCUCAGUUGGCACUUUGGAUUAGUGUAUAAUAAUAAUAAUAAUAAUAAUAUAAUAAAUAUUGGAAAUGGAAAAAACAAAAACAUUUUAUUGAAUGGGUGUGGAAUUGCGAAUUGACUAAGUAUAAUUUGGGGGAAUGGGGAAAAGUCAUGACCAUGCUAUGAAGAAGAGUUUUGUCAGUAAGAGGGUUAAUAUGUGGGUAAUGCAGGAUAAAGACAGUUUCCCAGUGAGUGAGUCACCUUAGUCCAUAUCUUAAAGUGAUCAAAAUGCCAAAAUGUAUUUUUGUUAUAUCAAACAAGAAAAAAGGACGAUUUUUUUAAUGUUAGUUUUGUAUAUACAUAUAUAUUAUUAUAAAAAUGCUGAUGUUGAAUAUUUUUAUAGAGUUUACUUAGGAUUAUGUUUUAUGAUAUUGUCUUGGAAUUUAGUUAGGGAAGCCAAAAGGAUCAUGUUUAACAAGAGAUUAAUAUUUCGUAAUGUAUGUCUUCCGUCGGUGUUUAUUGUGCUGAAUAUACAUAUUGUAGACGGAAGUUACUCACGUACCUGUACAUACUCGGAUGUUGCUUGCCAGUGUCCCUGUAGACAGUGUCGCUCUCACACCUCACAACUACCUGCUCAAACAUUCAUCACAGGACUUCAAGACAUUACUUCAUGUGUUAAUAUUUAUAUAGGGAAAUUAUUCGUGUUUUCUGUGCAUAUGCAUAAUAAACGGUAUGCGUGUCUGAACAUCAAACUAAUAGAUGUGCCAUGUAUGUAAAAUUAUUUAAAGUGACAUUUUCUGAUUGCAAUUUUUUAAAGUCUGAAAUUUUUCAUAGUUUGAAAUUAUUUUUAAAAUGAGUGUUAAAAAAUAGUUCUAAACAGGCAUUAAUGUUACAAGAAUAAUUAAAAAUACUUCACUUAUACAGACAAUUUUUGUGUGUGAUUUCUUUUUUUUUGUUACUAUUUAAAAAACAGAGAAAAAGAUAUAUAUAUAUAUAUAUAUAUAUACCGUAUAUUAUUUAGGAAAACCCCCAUCUGAUUUUAGUGUGAUAAUUAAAUUUUGUAAUGGAACGAAAGUACUGUAAUACAUUUAAGAUGUUUUUCUUUUCUUUUAAUAAUGACCAUCUUGCUGUGAUAUCAACUAAAUGUGGUCCAUGUAUAAGGAACCUUUUGUUAGUAAAGCAGUCUUUUAGAUUACAUCAGAAUGUCAUACUUUUGGCCUGUAAUUAUUGUGUUCAGUGUGAUAUGCAAUAAUAUUGUCUCAUUUCUUAUGUUGUUACAUAUUUGACCCAGCAUUUCGUGUUCAAUUUUCUUUCUUUAAGAAAUAUAUUUUUGUAACCCACAAAAAAAUAAUAAAUAUUUUUUAUAUGUAUAAAUAGUAUAACAUCUAUGCUUAAACUAUUGUCAUUGGUACAAAAGACAUAUUUUUAACAAUUUGAGGACAUAAUUAUUAAUUUAGAGAAAUAUGGUAUAUCCGUCCACUUAUUGUAUAUAUAGCAAGAUAGAAUAGUACUUAAUAGCUUAUUGGUGUAAAGCAACCUUUACAGAUAAUGUCCAUUGCUAUAUAUAUAUAUAUAUAUAAGCUGCCACAAAUGAAUUUAGUUUACAAGAUUGCCUUAUUCAAUACUAUAAGAUUGUUUUCUUAAUCGUGAUAAAUGUAGAUUUGGUUACUUCUUACCUGAAACAAAUGGAAAAAUCUCUCGAGUAUUAUAACUGAAUUACGUAAAUUUCAAUUUUCAUUUUGCAGUUGAUUUUCAAAGAAAACUAAAAUAGUAAUCUUAUUUUGCAAAAAACCCUGUUAAAAAUAAGAAAUAGACAGCAUAUUUUUAUGUUUUUCAGAAAUUUAUUAAAAUGAAAGUCGUGUUUUGCAAAAAAACAAAUACUCGGGAUAUAAUUGUAAUUAUAAUGGUAGUCUUGUUUAGUAAAAAAACAUUUUAAAAUAAUGAAAUUUUGCAACAGUGUAUUAUGAUGUUAGUCGUGUUUUGUAGAAAACCAUUGAAAUUGUUCAGAAUGACCCCACCAAGCUUCUCGUUAUUCAGCAGCUGCUGAUACAGUUCCUGUGAUGUACAUGACGCAGAUAGUUGUGAGGCUAACCAUUGUAUUGCUCAUGUUUUUUCUUUCUUUUCUUGUCUUUAUGAACCACUUUGUUGCAGGGGCACUGGCAUGGAUUAUUAUUUAACACUAGCUGAUCUUCCAGCAUGAGGGUGUUUGAAUGUGGGCGGAGUUUGGAGACAUUAACAUCGUUAGUGGGUGGAGUUUGGUGAGAUUAACAUUGUUAGUAGGUGGAGUUUGGAGAGAGAUUAACAUUGUUGGGAGUUGAUGUUCUCAAAACUUGACAGCAGUUUGAAUUACUACUUACUAUGGAAAUACUGGCGAGACGGGUCAUAGGUCAGAGGUCAUUUGUACAAGUUAUGUUACAAAGUUUGGAAUAUUACUCAUGAAAAUAUCAGAGAUUAAUUUUGUUAAGUCUGCACAGUCUAUAAUAAUAAUAUUUUAUAAUAAUUUUUACAAUGCUUUCAUCUGGGUUUAAUUUAGCAAUAUUCAUACAGUUUGUUUAAAUUUAGUUGUCUUUUUUUUUUAACAACUUUAAUUGGUAAAUACCAUAUCGUUAAAAACAUGUAAAGUUUACUUGCACACACAGAUUUUGUUUUUAGUAUUCGGAUUAAGAAAUAUUAAAGGUGGUGUUGUGUUGUGCCACGGUACUUCAGUGUGCUGGUCACAGCAAAUUUAUUUGACUCUCGAGAAUCGAAAGUGUAUGGCGACUUGCUAGGUAAGUGACUACACAGAUAUGUGACCCAGUCUCGUCGGCAGGCUUCUAACACUAGCGAGAUUUCUGUGUUUACUAAAUCAGUGCCUUGUCUGCAUGUCCGCUGUUCCGGUCGGCCCUGCGACGCCAGCUAGCCCAUCGGACGCAGCUUUUCCUACAUAUAUUUUUGUAUUUAGAUGUUUUUUUUUGGUCAUCUUCAAAUAAUGCUGUACUUAAUACUGUUGUUAUUAUUAAUGUCUUAGCUACUCACCAUGUGACUCACGUGAGAAAAGCAUAAUAUCAAAAAGUUAACACUUUUGUUUUCAGAUGCAUUUUUUUUACUGGCUUGCUCAACGAAGUCGAUUGCGUCUGUCUGACCGAAUCUCACUUAUAUUACUGCUGUUGUGUUAAUUACUAAUGUCUUUUUGUUAUGUAAUUAUUCUCACCAAAUAGAUUGCAUUGUUUAUAUUCUGGGUUUUUUGCAUAUCAGACCAAUGGAAGAAAUUAUUUUGUAUUGCCAAUGAAAUUAUUAUUUAAUUUGCUCUUUUUGUUUUUUUAAAAAAUCUUUUUUGCUUUCACGAAAAUUAUUAUUAUUAUAAGACAAAUUUUGUAUACAUAGUCAUUUGACUAAUAUUUUUCACUUAAAAAAAACAAAUUAGAAAAGAGCAAUAUUCUAUCCAAAAUUGUUUCUUCUCUGGUCAUUAAUAAUUUAAUUGCUACAGCUUUUCAUAACAUUGGCUGAAUUUUGUACCUUUCAUACCUUUUAAUGCAAUAAACACAUUUGUAGCAAACACUUGAUAUUCCCUGUCUUUGAAUAAUAUCAGUAAUAAUGACUAACACCGCUCACAGCCUUGUCUAACUCCAAUAGCCUUGCUUUCCUCCUUUAUGCUUGGUAGUAUAGAACUAAUGGAUUCUUUCAGAUCACCACUAUAGUUAUCACAGGUCACAACAUCGGCCAGGAUAAUAGCAUGUGAUAACAAUGUUUACAAACUGAAAACUGGUUUUAUAUAACAUGUUUUCAUAAGCUCUAGCGUUUGUUGGGUAAGUGUUUGGUUUUCCUGUUGUGACAUUUGUUUUUAUGUGAUUGUGGUUGUGAACAUGUAAUGUGAAGGUUUUAUCAUUUCUUUUCAUAAUAUUUUUAACUCCUGUCCUAGAGAACUUAAUUCAUCAUGUAAGGGAGAUAAGUCUGUAUUAGUGUCAGUACAAUUCAGGACAAAAGGGGUACUAAAUGAAAAAAAAAAAGAGGAUUAUUUGGAGAGGAGGACACAGACGUUUAAUAUUUUAAUAAGUCAUAAUAUUUGUGUUGCCUUUUUAAGUGUAGACUUGGGUUGAAUCUUUUUUAUGAACUAAACAUGGUGCUACUAAUGUGAUAUUUAAAUACAUGCAAAACUAAAAUAUUGUCUUUUUGGGGAGGUAAUUGCAUCUACAUGCCGGUUUUUUAUUUGCUUUGUAACUAUUUUGACAUUUUCAUGUUAAUACAUCCAAGUUUAUGAGCUUUGUCAUCAACAUUGCUUACAUAUGGAGAAAAUAUGUAUUCUGACGUGUAUGUAUGUACAUACAUAUCCAACCUGAUAACCACAAAUUGAUUUUUACUGGAUUCUUUUUAGGGUUUUUUUUUUUUUACAUGUUCUAAAAAGAAUGUAGUCGUAAUUUAUUAAAUAUGAUAAUAAUGGUAAUCCACCUAUCUGAACUGAGAGAUAGAUCCACCAAGAAUGUGAUUUUUAAAAUUAUUAUUAUUAUUUUUUUAAUAUAUAUUUGUUUCUUCAUAAAAUAAUUUUAUAGAAUAGAAUUGAUCACAAAUGCUGAAGAAAACCACUUUUUCCUCCACAUUGUAUAGAGUUCAGAUGAUGGAUCAUUUUAGCUUUUUCUUUUUAAAGGGAUAUCGCAUCCCAGAAAUCAUCAUGGACUUCCAUAUGUUCUGUCCAUCAUGAAUCGUCUGGAUUUGGUACCAAGACGAGUUCCGCAAUGCUUGCCAUAGAUUUUAGUGCUUGUGUGUAAAGUAACUGCAUGCUGGAAGGGUUAACACAUACAAAAACAAUGUGCUCAACUUGUUGCUUGGGGGAAUAUUAACCAGCUGGCGUCAGCCUCAUCACAACUCUGCUGGUUUAGCUCACUCAUCCUCAACGUAUUAAUGUUGGUCUUGCCACUGUUGGUUAUUUAAGUAACCUGUUAAACCUCAACAAGCGGGUCAAGACUUGGGUGGAUGUGUUAUUUUUUUUCUUCUCACUCUAGGUCUUGGGCGGUUUGUUGUCGAUUCAUUGCUCAAUUGCUCAAUCAUAUACUACUUUGGAGGUGGUCUGUUGAAUGUUUCUUCUCUCAUGUAUAUUGUGCUCCUUUGAUACAAGGGGGAAGUUAUUUAUUCCUCACGUAUUUAUCCAUGACAUCUUUACUCUAGGUGCUCAUAUCUUUGUUAUUGUGUCUUACCAGUAUUUACUAUGUCAAGUUUUUAAAAAAAGAAAUAAAAAUCUCGUAUAGUGGAAGUGUAUGUAGACUGACUCGGGCUGGGUCUGUAGAGGUUAUUUGUGUUCUAUAGGCAGUUGUCGAGUCUGAAUCUCAGCUAACUAUUAAUGCGUGGUUACUGCCUGGACAAUAAAAUAUUUUAAUUCA